AGCUCAAAAGUAGCACGCUUCUGUUCCCAUUUUUUCUUUUAAACAGGCUUUUUUUUUCUACGAAUCGUUGCUCGCUCAUUCAUAGACAAGCCUAGCUGCCCGGUUGAUGUCGAGAGCGACCAUUCCUGCGAGUAUAUGUAGGUGUUCAAGGACAUUGCCCUUGGGAUACGAUCUCCAUCUGAAAUAUUUGGCUCUUGUUGUCGCGGCGUAUCGUUUGUGGAGAAAGAGAAACGAAUAGAUCCACACGAACACUAUUAUUACUGUUAUUAUUACUCUAAACGCCCUUCUCCACUGACUUUUAGUAUAAAUCUGAGGAAAUUAAAUAACGAUAUCUCGGUCACUCUCAUCACUAUCGUGUCUGGAUUCAGUUUCACAACCCGUUGACCACGCUCGCUGCUUUGAACAGUAACAAAGGGCUUUUUUUGUUGUUGUUUCAACCGUCAACGAGACAGCUGACCGCUUCCUCUGCCACAUAGGUCGCAAGAGGAUAUUCUUCUUUGCAUAACUCAGCUUUCCCGCCUCCGCUCACUGCGUCUACGUCUCUGGUAAAACGGUAUCUUGGCUUAGCUAACAUAAUAAACCACUCCUGUUUGAUUUUUUACUCUCGGCUGCUGCUCGUGCACUGUCAUCGCGUGAAAGACGCAGGCAAGACCAGUUAAUUAAAAGUCUGCUGUGUGACCUCCGCGCUUGGCAUGGACACUAUUAACCUCAGCUCGCUCUUCCGUGCUCAACAACCGGAAGCGGAAGUUUCCGAGUGUAGCAGCACCUAUGAAUCCUCCACCACACCUGAGGAGUCUUCUGACAAAGCAACUUCUCCCGCGGCGGGUGAAAACACCGAUGACCGAAACGUGAAGGAUAAGUUAUCCGUCAGCGGUAAAGGCCGCGCCGCCGGAAACGACGUCAUUGGGCUAGCAAAGGCAAAGAGGUCCGGAGUCCGGCCGCCUCUGGACGGCCACCAUGACCCGACAAGCGACACGUUGAGUCUGCGCUCGUACUGGAUUGCGCUCUUCUCACCGCAGGUGUACAUGGCCAUCUUCUACGCCCUCCGCAUCACGUUCAUGGUCGCACUCCCGUUGGGUGUUUUCGCUCGCCAUCCAAACCUCAUGAACGUGUUCCCCGCACACGUGGUGAUUCCGCUGUGGGGUAUUGUGGAUUGCCGCUACACAUUCGGGGAGCAGGUGGCCUUUAACAUAUGCUCGCUGCAGUGCGCUGUUGCGAUGAUUACGUGGGGCGUGCUGAACAACGCAUGGCACAUUCACACCCACCCCGCUGGCUGGUGGUGCAGCGUCAUAUUCUGUGUCUUCUUUAUCAGCCUGUUUGGUGAUGUGCGGUCACGACGUGUCGUAAUGCUGCAGUGUGUCCUCAUUCUUCAGAUGGAGAGCCUACCGGGCGGUACGGAGCUGAUCUACCCAGUGAAGGUGGGUCGGGACUUAGUCAUGGCGACAGGCUUCGCAUUUUUCCAGUGUCUCUUCCCGGUGAAGUCCAUCGCAAGGGACUGCGACGAAAUGAUGGCUGGCGGCUGGAAGCACAUCGGACGCAUCGCACGCAACUGCGUCACGGCGUGCUGGUCGGAGGACCCCAUCGAGUGCGCCAUCGCACUGACGCACAUCGGCACGGAGCCCAUCCAAUCUGUGCUCGCCACCUUGCCGUCGAAGCUGUUCUUCGUGAUGUACGAGUUUUGGGAGAGCACGCUGCGGCUGGAGCUGCGCCGCGAGCGGCUGACGGUGAUGCAGAUCUGCAUGCCGCGGCUGCACACCAUGACGGACACCGCACGCGCGAUGGUCUUGAAGCGCGUGCACCGCGCACACGUGAAGCGCACGCAGGGUGGCGGCUCGCACUCGCCGGCAGCAAAGCCGGAGGGUGGUGAGCACUCGUCCUGUGAGGCCGCCGACGGACACGGGACCCGCGGCGGUGCGAGGAUGGACCUGCAGAGUCGCGAGCCGUACGGCGCGGCGGGCGACGCGGAUAGCUGCGGCGAUGUUGCCGACAUGCAGCGACGUCAGCGCCGCGAAGCGGAGAGGGACGAGUUCCUCAAGAACGUGGCCGGUGCGGAGCCGACGGACGGGGCGGACGGGGCGGACGGGGCGGACGGCGAGGAGCAGUCGGGUCUCCCGCAGCAGAACUCGGGCCUGCUGGUGAUGCAGUUUCGGACGCGGCAGUGGGACCGCACGAGCGAGAUUCUGAAGCAGCCCGUGCAGCACUACCUGGACGCGCUGGAUGCGGUGCUGGAGGGCCUCGGCAAGCACCUCAACCCACACGAGACUGCGCAGACGGUGCCGUUUGCCGACCUGCGCGAGGCCGCGACGGAUCUGCAGUCGAAGCUGGACGAGGUGCACUUCGAGGCGCUGAUCAAGUCCGAGACGCCCGUGGACCCCUUCCUCUACAGCAACGUCUUUGCGUUCCACCUCUCGCUUGUCGUCCUCGCUGAGCGGCUACUGGAGUACGGCGAGCGCAUGCAUAACUUCGACCGCAGCCAGUACAAGUCGCAGCUGCGGCGCACCUGGGAGUUCUUCUUCUACGACUACUGGCGGGACUUCUGGGAGGAGCUGCCGAAGCGCAUGACCCUCGCAACGCCGCGCGACGUGCGCAUCUUCAAGGACGCCAUCAAGAUGGCCUGCGCGUACGGCGUUGGUGCGAUGUUCACGGAGAACAUCGACCCCGACAACAUCUACUACUUCGGCAUGGCCAUCCUGAUGGGUGUGGGCUGGCCCACCGCUGGCGACACCAUGGAGGCGUCGGUGUACCGUGUGACGGGUAUGGCGUGUGCGUGCUCGAUCGCGUACGUGGCGAUCUGGCACACGCCGAAUCUGGCGGGGGAGCUGGCAAUUGCGGUGGCCGCUGUUUUCAUCUCCUUGUGCUUCCGUGACCGCCAUCCCUACGCGCACACCGCACAGUACUGCAGCAUACUCGUCAUCACCGCCCUGAACAGCGCCGGUACGAAGCUGGUGUUGCUGAGUCGCAUUGUGAGCAACUGCUUCACCGUCAUGUCCUACUACGCCAUUGUCGUCUUCAUCUUUCCCAUCGACGUGCUGCGUGUCACCUACAACUCACAAGUAGAGGCGAUCACGUCCGUCGCGGAUCGCUUCAGUCGGCUGGUGGACGUGAUCGGCCAGCCGUUCUCCCCGGACGACCCGGAGCAGUUUGCCGCGAUGAAGGCGGAGGUCACGAGUAUUCGCGCCUCUCGUAUCUCAAUGUGGAUGGCAUUGAACAACGUGGGCAUGUGGCUACCGAAAGCAGCGGCCGACCCUGCGCCGCUGGGCAAUCCGUACCCGCUGCAAGCGAUGCGUGACAUGUACAGCUCGCUGCGCCGCUUGGGCUCCGCCACCGACGUCAUCAGCACUUCACUAUCCGCAUUAUUCAAUGACAAUGUACCGCGGCGUCGCCCCGAUGUGGAGCACAUCGUUGAGGCUGUAGCACCGGUGAUGCAGAUGGUGGAUGAGGCGAGUCGUGUACUCUUCCAGGACUUCCUCGACGCCUUUUCCACACCGCACGAGUGGUCACCGACACUCACCACCUACCACUUCUCGUUGUUUCUGUCGCUCAGCCGUGACCUGCACCACGCCUUCUGGACGGCGCACCGGCGCAACGUGAAAGCGCUCCGUGCGAACUUCCGCGAGAGAGUGAUGAACCGCACGUUUGCUGCGGCGGCGAUGACGCGCGUCGUUGACCCGCUGACGCUUGAGCGGGCACGCGACCUCAGCUUCGCGGUGCAGCCGUCAGAGAGCUUCGUGCGGAUGCCGGUUGCACGGCGUGGGGAGCGGCAGAACGUUCAGCUCGCCCCCACCCCCACCCCCGGCACAGCCGAUGCUGACGUGUCUGUCCACCAGCCCGAUGCUUUUGAUCCGGCGGACGCGCCAGCGCCGGUCAGCACACGCGGCCACGAGAACCCGCUGAGUGACGCCAGCCCGCUGGGCAGCGCGCGUGCAGUGCGGCGGCGCUCCACCGUGCGCAAUGCGUCCAUCGUGAGCGGGGCAUCGGCAGCGCCAGCACACGACGGAGACGAGACGCCAGCCGUGACGAACGGCAGCAUCGCGCGCACGAUUGCGGAGUCGAUGGCGCUUGUGCGCGCGACGGAGCGGCGCAACUCGCGGCUGGUGCGACGAGACGUGUCGGAGCGCGGUGCGGACGGCCGCGGCGACGGCGGCGAGAACGUGGACGAAGUGUCAGAGCAGCACCAGCGCGCGAAGGAGCAGGCGGAGUUUGAGAAGGUGCUGGACCCGUACGAGCGGCAGGCGCAGGAAGAGGAGCGCCGCGCCUUCAUUGCGCGUCGCAGCCUGGAGCACGAGCGCAUUGAAGACAGCACGUUGAGCCACGACGUGAACAUGGUGCUGACGAUAUUGGUGGGCACGGACAUGUUCUUUGCAGAGGCGGAGCGUAUGUUGAAGACGAUGUACGCGAUCAACGAAUACGCGAAGAGUCGCGUGCCGCCACGGAAGCGCAAGGGUGAUGCUGCUGUUAAAACGGAAAGCCCAUGA